AUGGCCCAAGAUUUUCCGCCCUCGGCUAGAGCUUCUGCAACACUGAACCAAGGUCCCGCCUGGGAUCUCAUGGAGAAGGUCAAGCUCCGGCCAAAAUAUGAUGCUGAAGAAAGGCCGGAAGGCGUCAUCAAUCUCUCGGGGGCCGUCAACAACCUCAUGCAAGACUGGAUGAGCAUAUACGCAAGAGACAAGUUGCAGUUUGAACCAAAAUCACUGGCAUACGGACCCUUGAGCGGCUCCCCAGGCCUUCUCAAGGCUGCUGCUGGCUUCUUCAAUCGGUUCUUCAACCCCUUGGAUCCAGUCAGUACUGACCACGUCAUGGCAGCCAACGGCGUGACUUCAUUAAUAAAUAUGAUGGCAUGGACACUCUGUGAUGAGGGCGAUGGGAUUCUGUACACCACGCCAAACUUCUACAUGCUGGAUCUCGACCUCACCAUGCGUAACAAUGUAACGCUCCUCCCUGUCUCGACCACCAGUCUCACCAAUCCAUUUGAAUCAAGUGAGCUCGUUGAGACUUUGGAUGCUGCGGUCCGCGAACACUCAAAAGUGAAAUUUCGGUUGCUAUUCAUGUGCAAUCCUUCCAAUCCUCAAGGCCGAUGCUACUCGCGAAGCACUCUCGACACACUCGCAUCAUGGUGCGCCAGACGGCAAAUGCACCUCGUUGUCGACGAGAUCUACGCCAUGUCCACUUUUCAAGGCGAAAGUGAAGCCGAGCUCUCUCCCUUUACAAGCAUUUUAAGUGUCUGUUCGCGACCAAAUGUCCACUGCCUCUACGGCCUGAGCAAGGACUUCAAUAUGGGAGGCGUACGGAUGGCAUUUCUUGUCAGCAGAAACGCCCAAGUCCUCACUACAGCCUCAAAGCUCACAUGGUUUACUUGGCUUCCUGUGAUCACGGACACGUUUGCCACCUCAUUUCUUUCACAACAAGACACAGUGGAAGAAUACCUCGUCACAUAUAGGUCAAGACUUUCAGAAGCAUACAGUCGAGCAGCCACAGCGCUCCAGAAACAACGCAUUCCGUACGAACCGGCCAACGCAGGGCUGUUUAUCUUUAUCGACCUAAGUGCAUGGUUGCAGUAUUUUGUGGGAUCUACGCAAGGUACGGGAACUAUGUCGAGUUCAGAACUUCGCCUAUGCGAGUAUCUGAUAGACCACGGCAUUUUCCUCAAUGCGGGAGAGUUCGCAGGCUGCGAGCGACCUGGCCAUUUCCGGCUUGUUUUCACACAGGAUCCCAAAGCGACUGAGCUAGGCAUCUGGAGGAUACGGGCUGCGCUAGACCAGCUGGCUGAGAAGCCCGUGGCGUAG